CCCCAGCGGAACCGCAUGCCCCAAAAGCGAAACCAACCAGCCCAAAAAGGAGCAGAAAGCUUUGCCUCCUCUCUCUCUCUCUCUCUCUCUCUCUUCUCUCCUGUUCGCCGCUAGAGUCGCCUCGAGGCUGCGGUGAGGAGAAGCGGCAGCGCCUCACCUCUCCAAUGGCGGCCUCCUCCCUCCUCCUUGCAACCUGUGCGCUUCUCGUUUACUGAGGCUCCCUGAGACAAGCUUGCGCUCACGAUGGAGGGUUUUUCGAGGGACUUGCUGUGUGGGAUUGGGAAGGGAGACGCGCCGCCACCGGAGCAGAGGCCGGGGCAGCUGCGCGAGGAGAUGGAGGCGGUCGAGCUCAGCCUCGGACUGUCGCUCGGCGGCCGGUUCGGGCUAGACAGGAAGGGGGACAAGCUCCCCCGGUCCUCGUCCGUGGCGGCCAUGCUGACGCCGCCGGUGGAGGUGCCGACGCCGCGCGCCCUCCCGCGGACGAGCUCGCUGCCGGUCCUGGCCGAGGCGUCGGAGGUUGCGAAGCAGCAGGGGCUGGCUGGAUGGGGUUCUUGCCGUGAUGGCGGGGGUCUCGGCGUGGAACACGCGGCGAGGCUGCCGGCGAGCGGGAGCCCUUCCUCUGCCUCUUCGGGAGGUGAUGGGCAGAGAUUGCAGGGCACCCUCAUGAGAACUAGUUCACUCCCUGCUGCCAUUGAGGCUGCUGGCAAUGAUGAAUGGAAGAAACGUAAGGAAGCACAGAGUCUGAAGAGGCUCGAGGUUAAGAAGAAAAGGAUUGAGAGGAGGAACUCUCACACUUGCAACACUUCAAAAGAAGCAGCUGGGCAGAUUCCAGAAGAGAUGAAUGCACACACUGACAAAUUAGUAGCUUCUGAUGAAGCUGUUGUGAUGAAUAACGAAAAUCAUAGCAGUGGCAAGCAUCUGGUGAAGGGGCUUCCUCCAAAGUACCAGGCUACAAUUGCAUCACAAGAUAGUUUGUCAACAGUGGGAAAGAAGCCAAACUCAGCCUUCAAAGCCAUCGUUGAGGAGCACAGCCCGUCAUCAUCUAUUCCUUCCUCCGGUGAAGCUAUAAGUAGCGUCACGGCAGCAAGUCCACCAUCUUCGUCUUUGGCUCACAGAACAGCUACCCUUGGUCCCGCGGGAGAUCAAAGCAUUUUAGGCAGGGCUGCUUCAAGGGCGAACAGCAUGGGGGACGUGGAAAGGAAGAUGAUGCAGGAGAUGCCGGGCGUGUUCACCAAGGGGCUGCCCAAUGGCAACAGGGUUGAAGGCUUCCUGUAUAAAUACAGGAAAGGAGAAGAUGUCAGAAUCGUAUGCAUCUGCCAUGGAAGCUUCCUUACUCCUUCGGAGUUUGUGGAACACGCCGGAGCCGGCAAAGUAGACAACCCGCUGCGACACAUUGUCGUCAACCCUACCCCUACCCCAAACCUGUGAACCUUCGCCAGCAGACCUGUGCAGGCGUCGUGUAGAGUCAGCCUUCAGCCUAGCGUCGAGUAGUCUCAUUGUCAGAUUGUGUUUGUGGUGCAGUGCUUACUUAUGCCCGAUUAAAUUGGUGGGCAUUAUGGUAAUAUAACCUGUUGAUAAUGUUCUGAUCCUUCCUAAACGUAGUUCUGCAACUUCGUUUUACUUGGUAGGUGUUCCAGAAAACGAAGCUCACGAUAGUGUGUUAGCGGCCAUGACUUCACGCAGGCACAUAGCUCCCAAUCAGUUUAACUGUCUGAAUAACUUAGCGUGUGUUUGGUUUGGGGCUACUAGGGAUUGGUUGGAUUAAUUUGAGGACUACUAGGGAAGGGUUGGAUCCAAUCCAUAUUUUUGGGAUUU